UUCCAAGCUCCUGGCAACAGUGAGUUGUCUUCCCUCCCAGAUACCGGGAGAGGCGCAGGCGACAGUUCAAGGCGGCGAUGGGGAAGAACACCUCCUGUCCUGGGAAGGAGAGUCUCCAGAGUCGCCUUCUUGGACUGAACUCGGACCCUGCAAACUGACCGAGUGCCAGUCGCCUGUUGGAGGCUAUUUGCAACCAGCUCUGCCACCGUCACCCAGUGGCCACGUGGUCCAGAGGGACCAUGAGGAUUCGAUGGUCCCUCAUCCUCAAGGACUACGUGGCCAUUAGAGAGGCAGUGCUGGCCAGCCCGAGGGUGAUGGCUCAGAUCAACAUCCAGCUCUUUGAAUUGAAUCGAAAUGAGAACUCAGUGGUGCUGGCCAGACUCUCCUUUCAGCAAAGGGUCUGUCCUUUGUCCAGGUGGGACAAGGACAGCCCUUAAACUUCAAUGUCCCGGAGGAGCAGCCUGGGCCCUCCAGCAGGGGUCUCCCCCUGCUCCUCCUCCUCUUCUCCUCUUCUUCUUCCUCCAAACGAUGAACAGACUGGCUCCUCAUCCAGGGCUGUUGGUCCUUCCCUCGCUCCAGGGCCAUUCCCCUCUUCUGUUCAGCCACCUCCUCUGCCUGGACUACUUUAUGCUCCUCACGUGAUGGUGAUCUCACGUUUUUGUGAAUGCAAUAUCUCAGGAACGCCCAGAGGGAAUUUCAUUACUUCUGGUACACUGUGACCUCUCAAAACACGUUUUGGGCCAUAAGGAUAAAAUUAAGUGAUAACAUUUCAUAUUGAAAUGUUCAAAGGUCAACUUCUGUAACUCAGGAAGGGAAGAUUGUGACCAUAUUUCCUGCAACCUGGCUUACAACCAGAAACAAAACCACGAGGCGGCAAUUGUAGUUGGGUUUACAUUGAUAUAGAACAAUAUAACUUGUGUGUGUGGAGGGUUUUGUGCUUUUGUUUCAGCCUGGCCUCAACACAGUCUCAACUGAACAGACCUGUAACAUCAGCCCAGUCUCCUCAGCUCAUACUGCUGCACUGAAACACGGCGGUGCCCUCAGUUGGCUCAACAUUAUCGAAGAUGUCAUAAGAAAGUCAAGAAUUCCUGUUGAACAAUGUUGAAUUGAAUUGUGCUUCAGAAAGUCACUUGAGUUCACCAGCCUGGCCUGCUAUCAAACACACUUCCAAAACCAGACACUGACCUGCCUAUUUCGAAUCAUGUUUACUUCUGCACUUUGCAGACUUCCUAUAUAAAGACCAGUCUAGUCGCAUCAAGUCAUUAGCUCAAGUAAUCCACUUGGGGCUUGGUGGCUUGAUUAUGCGAUCACAUCGAGUGACUAAAGACUAAACCAGCGUCAGCACAGAUCGGGGGUAGCUGCACAGAGGGGAUAGACUCACACAUGAGGCCUCUGUGGUGAAUCAAUGGACGCUGCUGUCAUUCAUCUUCCUGACAUCCUGCAGUUCUUGACCUGAUCCGGGUGGACCGGUGGAGGAUGAAACAGAGCAAAUGGCUGUUUAAAUACUCGCUGACACAAGGCACUGACAGCCAAACAACUUGGGAACUGGAGACUGGAAAGAGGAGGUGACCACGAACAGUCAUGGGAUGUGGCGUCACAAAGUCCGACCAGUUCCACAAACAGUCUGGAAAAGCUCUGAAAGCUGCUGUCCUGAUUCAGCGAUGGUACCGUCAGUACGUGGCCCGCACAGAGAUGAGACGGAGAUACACCUGGCACAUCUUCCAGUCCAUCGAAUACUCUGGAGAACAGGCUCAGAUCAAGCUUUAUAAUUUCCUCGGAUACCUCAUGGACAAUUUCACACCGUCAAGCAAUGAACGAAAUCUGAUCUCGCACAUCUUCAGAGAGAACGAGGUCUGUCGGGACGCAGAGUGGGAGAGGUACUUCUGCUACAAGAACAUCGAGGUGCCAGAGAUUUACUCGGGACCUCAUCUCACCUUCCCUCUGACGGUGGAGCAGGCAGUCGGGCUGGUGGAGGCCUUCAGGAAGAAGAAACAGCUGCACUCGCGCUACGUCCUGCAGCUCCUGCUAGAGACAUGGAAACGGCUCCGGAUGUUGCCAAAUAUCAACCGCAUCUCCACCUGCCACAGCAAAGAAAUCACUAUUUGUGGUGACUUGCAUGGCCAGCUGGAGGACCUGCUGCUGAUCUUCUACAAGAAUGGCAUGCCGUCAUUGGAGAAGCCCUACGUGUUUAAUGGAGACUUUGUGGACCGAGGGAAAGACUCCAUUGAGAUACUCCUCAUCCUAUUUUCAUUCCUGCUCGUCUAUCCGAGCGACGUCUACCUCAACAGGGGAAACCAUGAGGAUCACAUAGUCAACCUAAGAUACGGCUUCACAAAGGAGGUGUUGACUAAAUACAAGAUGCACGGCAAACGGAUUCUGAAGCUGCUGCAGAAGAUUUUCAGCUGGUUGCCGCUAGCGACGGUGAUCGACCAGAAGGUGCUGAUUCUCCACGGAGGGAUCUCCGACACCACAGACCUCAGCGUCCUCACCAGAUUAGACAGACACAAUUAUGUUUCAGCGCUGAGGCCUCCAAAGAAGAAGCACGUGACCUCAGUGGGGACGUCCAUCGACUUGGACAUAGACGAGGACAUCUGGUCGACCAACAGGAUCUUAGAGCGUCGGGCCUCCCUCACGUAUCCCAAACCUCUGGGAGGCCGCGACAGCUUCCAGAACCGCUCGUUGCAGGACUUCUCCGACCGGCUCAAGGUGAAUGGGGUGGAGGACGAGCUGGAGAUCCGCAGGAGGAAACAGUCUGUUUUCAACUCGGCGACCAGCAGAUCAGAAAAAGACAUAACUGUGUCUGUUACAUCUGACUCUAGCAACAGUGAAAACCCCAAGGAUGAAUGGAAACAGAUCCUGGACCUGCUGUGGAGCGACCCGACUAGCCAGAACGGCUGCAUGCCCAACGAAGUGCGGGGCGGAGGCUGCUACUGGGGCCCCGACGUCACUGAGGACUUCCUGAACAAACACAAUCUGCAGCUCAUCAUCCGCUCCCACGAGUGCAAACAGGACGGUUAUGAGUUUUGUCACAACCGUAAGGUCCUCACUCUGUUCUCUGCCUCCAAUUACUACGAUGUGGGAAGCAACAGGGGCGCCUACGUGAAGCUGGGUCCAGACCUCGUGCCUUAUAUGAUUCAGUACCAGGCCAGCAGCAUGACCAGAGAGCUCACUGUGAGACAAAGUGUUGGGCGAACCGAGCGCUCAGCCCUCAAAGUCCUGCGGGAGCAGCUGUUUUCGCACAGGUCUGACCUCAUCUGUGCCUUCAAAAAGAUAGACAGCAACAACACAGGUCGCUUGUCUCCUAAUGACUGGGCCACUGCAGUGGAGAGUGUGAUGCGCCUCUGUCUGCCCUGGAGGAUGCUGCGCUGUCAGCUGGUCACCAGCAGGACCAGUGAUGGGAUGAUAGACUACUACGACUGGUUCAACGAGCUCGCCAUCGCAGGACCCAACACAGAUCACAUCGAUCAGAGUCUGCUGGAGACUUUGUAUCGCCACCGCUCCACCUUGGAGACCAUCUUCAGAAUCGUAGACACAGACAACUCAGGCUUCAUCACCAUGGAGGACUUCCGGCAGACCUGGAAGCUGCUGAGCGUCUACCUAAAGAUGGAGAUCACGGACGAGGCCAUCUACGACCUGGCCGUGACCAUCGACAGCAACCAGGACGGCAGCAUUGACAUCGACGAGUUCAUGGAGGCCUUCCGCCUCACGGACAAGAAAAGCCGCCUAGAGCGAGGACGCAGCAUGUUCAUGGGCACGGCCACCGACCUCACCAAGCUGGAGGGGGACCCCAACAUUUGAGCAGAGAGCAGGAGCAAAGAUUGAAAACAGAGAGCGACCUCAGCUUGGACUCCU